UGCCAUUGUGUGUUUUUGGCGCGCUGAGGCCGGUGCUGUAUGCAUGCAUGUGCAUGUGUGCGCGUAUGUGUGUAGAGACUCGUGUGGAGGGCUGUUGCCUUUGAGAGCAUCGAAGAAGACCUCUGUGGAUGACGUUUGUGCCGAAGUUUUAAUCAGCAGGUAUAUCAUCAGACCCAGUUGGCUUGCUUUGAAAUUGGACCAGAGAGGGAUCCUUUCCCUUCCUCACUCAGUCUCUCUGUUACUUGUGGGUGGAAAACAAGGAGUUUGAAGCAGUCAUGGGAAAGAAGAGUCAGAACCGUGAAGAUGACGAGUCUGCGUCCUCGGACGAAGAGGAAUACGUGGUGGAGAAGGUCUUGGACAGGAGGGUUGUAAAGGGACGAGUGGAGUACUAUCUUAAGUGGAAAGGCUUUACAGAUAAACACAACACAUGGGAGCCAGAGAAAAAUCUCGACUGUCCAGAUCUCAUCUCCGAAUUCAUGAAGACGUACAAAAAGGGCGGCAGCGGUGCGAGCACUCCGAGCAGCGGGACCAAGCCAUCCAGUGCGACUCCGGCUCGCGCCAAAGAAACUGGCAGCAAGAGGAGAAACUCGGACGAAGAAGAGGAGGGCGGCAGCAAGCAGAAGCGGAAAAAAGAGGACGAGAUCCUAGUUGCUAGAGGCUUUGAGAGAGGCCUGGAGCCAGAGAAGAUCAUUGGUGCGACGGACUCUUGUGGGGACCUUAUGUUCUUAAUGAAGUGGAAAGACUCUGACGAAGCGGACCUUGUGCUCGCGAAGGAGGCCAAUCACAAGUGUCCCCAGAUUGUCAUCGCUUUCUACGAGGAGCGUCUCACUUGGCAUGAAGAUGGGGAGAAGAAGGAGAAGGGUGCCGCAGCUGUGUAAGGCUCCAUUCCCCUCCUAGAGACAGACACGAGUGCACUCACAAUCCGUCCUUUGUUAUGGACCAUUUUCAAACCACCACUGGCCUCCUGGCAUCAGAGGUCACUUCCCACCUUCUUUAGUCUCCUUUCAUCUCCCAUAUAAACGGCAACUCUUUAUCAAACAAUAUCUCAAGUAUUGAGGGAUGAGCGAGUAAUUGAGAACUUAUGCCAAGAGCUUGGGGAAUGGAGAUGUUAGACUGAUGGAAUCACAUGGAUAGUGUUUUUGCCCUGUUAUUCUUGCAGAGCUUCACCCUCUUUUUUCAUGUUUUUCAUAUGAGUAUUGUGACCCAAUGAUAUAUAUAUAUAUAUAUAUAUAUUUUUUUUUUUUCUUUUUCUUUUUUUCUGUGUGUGUGUUGACUUGAUAGUUUAGAUUCCAUACAGCAGUUGGUGAAAUGUAUUGAGACAGCUGAUAUAUUUUUUAAGUGUUUUAUCAGAAAUCGUUGUUCUGUAUCUGCCGUGCUGGAUUAGUCACAUCAGUUUCAUUGUCCCACCCCCAAAUUAGAUCGCCCCCCACCCGCUCUCUCUCUGAAAUAAUGUCCUGAAAAUGCAGGACAUGAAUUUCACAAAUCUAGAACCUAUUUACUAGACAUGAAUCAUUUUAUCCUUUUUUUUUUUUUUUUUUUUUUUUUUUUUUUUUUUUUUUUUUUUUUUAAACAAAGUAAAUUUCUUCAUGAAUAGUUCUAGAUAAAAAUCUAAUUAUGCCCAGAUUAUAAACAGUGCACUUCUUGCAACUGCUUGUGCUCAGACCAACGUAUGGGGACAGUCAUUACUUUUGUUAAUGCUGGUGUUUUGCUUUGAGUUUGGGAGGGCACGCAUCUUUGAUGUUCAUACCUAAGUGCCCCACCUUGUGGCCAUUUGCUAAGCAUUUACGCUUCAUGGGGCCACCAGUUUUAACUGUAAUGAGCUGUUGUGGCUGCAGACUUGAAGUCAGACCUAAUGGUCACUUAAAUACCAGUUGAAAUUGGGUGUGGCCUGUUUUUGUAGUGAAAAUCUGUAACCACACCACAUUGAAAGACCCCUAACAUAGACUGUGACCAUGUUACUGUUUGCCAUGUCUGUCCCUGCCAAGGUUCAGUUCUCAAAGCGAAUCAAAGCUGUACCUGUCCUUAACGGGGUUAUGAGCUCAGGUGUUUAAUUGUAAAGCUGUGUUUGUAGAGCCACUGGACGAGUAAAUAAAAAAAAAAAAAAACCCAAUAAAUUUCCUGACUUUCCUUGACAUGACAUAGCUACUGAUUCUGGAAAAAAAAAACAACCCAAAAAGUCUAACUUUGUCAUGCCGAAUGUAGUCAGACGAAAAGAACUGACUUUCUUCAGAUUUUCAUUUUCUUAGCUUUUCUUCUAUUGUCUCCAAAGCAGGCGGUAGCCCCUUUAAAACUCACAGCCAGGUUAUGUUUAGACACCGAGGGGAAAUGUUGGGAAUAGACUUCAGAUGUGCUAUGGACUGCUAUGAUUUAGAUACUGUAAUGUAUGUGUGUGUGUGUGUGUGUGUGUGUGUGUGUGUGUGUGUGUGUGUGUGUGUGGUUUAAGUCCCAAUUAGAGAAGUCUGUUUGUUUUAUUUUUCUUUUCAGAUUUCUGGAUGGAAAUAACUAUUGCCUAUGUUGUCUAUAUAUCUCACUUUCAUAUGUACGGCCUGACUCUUUUUGUUGUCUUUAUCUCAUGUUACUGGAAGUUCCUUCCCAUUUCUGCUUGUUUCAUCAGAUACUCAUGUGUUUUCAGAAUAAGAUUUUGAUGUCUUUUACCUAUAGAUUUUUUAAUGUCUUGUAUCAAAUUGUAGUAAACCUAGUUUUCCACA